AUGGCUAACGAGACGCUACUGUAUCCGCUUGAGUCUCACUCACAGACAUCGGGGCACAACUGCUCCCCGGUUUCUGAGAUAUUCCCUGACAUAGUCGACUACACGUCAAUCCGAGUGAUAUUCGGCAUCGGAUACUUCAUCACGUGGUUUCUUGGCUUCGUGGGCAAUUCCCAGGUGGUUUACAUUACCCUGACGAGCAACGAGUGCUGUGCGUUUCGGCUGCCAUUCAUGAACUCACUGGCCGCCUCCAACCUGAUGAUCGCGUUUACCUCACUGCCGAUAACUGCAGUUACCAUAUUCGUCCGCGAAUGGGUCUUUCCUCCUUUCACCUGCUACUUCAUUGGCUAUCUCCAGGGUUGGAGCAUCUUCGUAUCCAGCUUCGUCAUCACCGCGAUCAGCAUCGACCGUUACCAGACCAUUAUACAUCCUCACAAGGUGUUUCUCAGCUGCAAAUUGACGAAGAUAAUUGCCGUUUUUAUAUGGGUGAUUGGAAAUGCAUGUGCCACGCCAAUGAUCACACUGGUCCACGUGCGUGUGUACGAAGGCAUCUGUGGCCAGUUCUGCGAAGAGGACUGGCCAAACGACCAGUACUGGAACCGUAUCGUCUUCGGCAUCAUGGUUGUCAUCGUACAGUACGGUGUCCCCCUCUGCAUUACGGUCUACUGUUACAUGAGGAUUAGCUCAUUCGUAGAACGGUCACAAAAGGCGCGCAAACAAAAGGAAGCGCUGUCCAGUAAAGCGCACCGGAAAUUGCUCGAACGCACUCAUCGCAUGAAUGCCAUGAUCGUCGUAUUGGUCGCCUCGUUCACUCUCGCUUGGUUUCCACUUAACUUUCUCAACCUCGCCAGAGAUCUGGAACUGAACCUGUUGCCAGUCGAACUCUACAACAUCGCUUACACUGCAGCACAUCUCAUCGCCAUGACUUCGGUCAUCUGGAACCCCAUCAUAUACGGCUGGUUUAAUGUCACGUUCAGGAAAAAGUGCUUACAAAUGUUUAAACGUACGUAG